AUGGGUUCAUACACGGGACUCGCGCCCGCGCUCUACUGCCUAGUGGCAGGUCUAUUAUGGACUGGCACUGUGAUCGGGUCGCCGGAUCCGCGGAGCGACUACGAUUUGGAAUCUACUGAACAUUUUACAACAGAAAAAGUCGGGGCCAAUCUGAGAAUCUUAAAUACCUCCGAGAAUAUUACGUUCAACGUUGGUGAUAAAACAACAAUCUACUGCGAAGGACGAUUUUUAUAUAGCGAUAUAGAAUGGUAUGAUCCCUCUGGCGUGAAGAUACAACAGAGAUCUACCCAAGAUGAGAGGAUCUUUGUACAUCUCCGUGUUGGUUCCGCAGAAGACCCCACAUUAUUGGCUUUGGUAGUAAAGGAUAUAGUCAUCACUGACUCUGGAACAUACACCUGCAGGGCGGGGGAUCUAAGCUCGAUAGUUACUAUAAUUGUAAACGACACCGCGAUUGGGACCGAGGGGCCUUUGGUUGGGCCUUGGGUAGCUCUGCCUAAGUCUGGGUCAGAUUCUGAUAUUGCGGGGCCCAGCACAGUGGGUCUUGGUCCGGGUUACACGACGUGGAAUACGCCGCAUUCAAAGCUUGGAGGAUGGCCCGGUGUAGGAGGACCCGGAGGAUGGAAUAAUGGACCGAUUGGCGGACCGCCCGGCGUAGAAGGACCCGGAGGAUGGAAUAAUGGACCCAGUAAGUAA